GCGCGGGCUGCCCCUCUCAAGCCUGCCGUGUGCCCCAGGGUGGAGCCACUCCACCCAAUGCCUUGUGGUGCCGCGCUGCCUUGCCUGCAGCUGGGUGAUUGGGGCCGCCUGGGCAUCGUGGAGCAGACCAGCACGGCAGCGCUGAUGGCCAGCACAGCUGCCAAGCGGCCGCCCGAGUUCAUCAUCAGCACUGGUGACAACUUCUACCCCAGCAGCCUCGUGUCUGCUGCCGACCCCCAGUUCGACUCGUCCUUCAAAAACGUCUACUCAGCGCCCUCGCUGAACGUGCCCUGGCACCUGGCGCUGGGCAACCACGACUACUGCGAUGGCGCCAAAAACUGCGACCAGCCGGGCGGCUGCCCCAACUCGCCAAACUGGCAGGUGAGCGUCACCCCGCCGCCGCCGCAUCCGGCGCUUGCAUCCGUGGACAUCUUCUUCAUUGACACCAGCCCCUUCAUUGCUGGCUACCUGGCCACGACUUGGGCCAAGUGCCCUGGUGCGCUGCCACACGGCCUGGCACGCUUGGCAUGCCUGGCUGUUCUCAUCGAUGCCAUCCUGGCCACAGUUGAUGCCAUGCUUGGAGCCUCCACAGCUCCCUGGAAGGUCGUGAUUGGGCACCACCCGCCCCGCAGCAACGGAGACCACGGCAACAACCGCGGCAUCAUUAGCACCUGGGAGCCGGUGCUGAAGAAGCACAAGGUGCAGGCGUACUUUGCGGGGCACGACCACGACCUGGAGCACCUG